UCUAUCGGAUGGGAAUAUGCUCUACUCAUGCGUCGACAUCAGCCGGGACGUUUGGGCUUCAAUUUCUACGUUUUAAACAUGGAUUUCUGUGAAAUCCCCCGCUCGACUUGAUAGUCACGUUUGGGAUUUAUUGCUCGCAAUUGGAGUAUGAUUCACCGACAAGUUAUUUUAUCCCAGGAUUUGAUGUGCUUUGAGUUGACGACACAUAAUGCUGCUGAACCUGUGUAGUGUUAAGAACUUGUACCAAAACAGGUUCCUGGGCCUGUCCGCCAUGGCGUCGCCGUCGCGCAGCGCCCAGAGUCGGCGGCGCUGCAAGGACGCUGGGACGCGUUACAGCUACAGCCCCGAGCAGUACCCCAACGGUGGGCCCCGGCACGACCACGCCACCGCCCUGGCCCUGCAGCCCCGCUCUACUAGCGAUGCUGACCUGGUCACCUCGGACAGCCGCUCAACGCUGACCGUCAGCACCUCCCACUACGCCAUCAGCCAGUCCCAGGACAUGCUCAUCUGCUGGGACAUCAAGGAGGAGGUGGAUGCCGGGGACUGGAUCGGCAUGUACCUCAUAGAUGAGGGACUGUCGGAGAACUUUCUGGACUAUAAGAACCGGGGAGUGAACGGCUCCCACAAAGGCCAGAUAGUGUGGAAGAUCGAUACCAGCUCCUACUUUGCAGAUUCGGAGACUAAGAUAUGCUUCAAGUAUUACCACGGUGUGAGCGGAGCCCUGCGAGCCACCACACCCAGUGUGACAGUGAAGAAUGCAUCUGCCCCUGUGCUGAAGCCAGUGGUCAGCCAGGAGGUCACACAGAGUCUUGGCAACAGAAGGCUCAUCAGUUUCUCUCUCUCAGAUGUCCAAGCGGUGGGGCUGAAGAAGGGCAUGUUCUUCAACCCUGACCCCUACCUGAAGAUCGCCAUCCAGCCCGGCAAGCACAGCCUCUACCCCGCGCUGCCCCACCACGGCCAGGAGAAACGCUCCCGCAUUGUCUGCAACACCAUCAACCCUGUUUGGCAGAGAGAGCGCUUCAGCUUUGUGUCUCUGCCUACGGACGUGCUGGAGAUCGAGGUGAAGGACAAGUUUGCUAAGAGCCGGCCCAUCAUCAAACGUUUCCUGGGCAAGCUGUCCAUGCCGGUGCAGAGGUUACUGGAGAAACACGCCAUCGGGGACCGUGUGGUGAGCUACUCUCUUGGCCGCAGGCUGCCGACGGAUCAUGUUAGUGGACAGUUGCAGUUCAGAUUUGAGAUGAUGUCCUCAAUUCACCCAGAUGACGAGGACAUCUCCCUCGUCAUGGAGUGCCCUGUGGUCCCUGACCCUGAGCAGUUGGAGGUAAACCAGGUAGACCCAGUCGCCCCAGCAGAGAUCCCUGUCGAAGACACAUUGAGCAUGGGGCCCGACACACCCGAACUCCCCCUGGAUGGAGCCCCAGACUUGGAGGACCCGGAGCCCUCCACCACUCUCGCUUACGUCUCCCUCACAGAGGAGGCCCAUCCUGGGGACGAUGUCAUGGAGGAGGAGGGUGUGGAGGAGCAGGUCACCCUGGUUGAGAUGGAGGAGAGUACAGUUAGGGAGGUGCAGGUAUCUUCUUCAGAGCCACAGACUGGGAUAGAAGAGCAGGUUUCAGCUGAACAAUUGGUGGAGGAGAGAGAGGAGGAGGAGACUGGAGCCCAGGAGGCUCAAGCCCUGUCUGAGGAGGGGGAGGCCCAGGUGCAGCCUAAACCUGAGGGUAUGGAGAUGGAGUUGGACAGUGAGGAACCUACCACUGCUAUGGAGGAGCCGUUGGAAGGAGCCACGGGGCCUGUGCCGGCUGAGGAGGUAGUGGAGGUAGUGGAGGAGGAGGGACAGCAGGUGGUGGUGGAAGCCAAACCGAGGAGGGUUGACUGUUGCUGCCCAGCCCGCGCCUCCCCUCCAAUGCGGAGCGCCCUGCGGCGCAAGAACAGGCCCUGCUCGCUGCCCGUCUCGGAGCUGGAGACAGUGAUCGCCUCAUCGUGUGGCGACCCCGAGACACCACGCACCCACUACAUCCGCAUCCACCACCUCCUCCACAGCCUGCCUUCAGCACACCAACGGCAGGGCAGCGGGGAGGAGGAAGAGGGGGAGGAGGAGGGAGGGUCUUCUACCGAGGAGCCGACCAUCAAACCCACCUCCAAGGACGGGGAGGAAGGGGAAGGGGAGGAGGAGGAGGAGGAAGGAGACGCGUCCCAAUCCCUGGCGUCCCCCUCCCAGGUGCGUGAGUGCACAGCCCCCUGCUGUCGUAGUAGGACCCUCCCCCGCAGUCUGUCCAUCGAGCGCCUGUCAGAACUCAACCAGCUCCUGGAUGGAGGGGAGAGGGGAGGGAGGACGCUGCACCCACGCCUGGAGAACGAAGAGGCGGAAGGGGGCGGAAGCGGUCGGGGAGUGAGGGGGAGCGAGUGUGAGUUGUGCGACAACUCCUGCUACAGCACGUCUUGUUAUAGCACCAGUUGUUACAGCACUUCCUGCUACAGCAACUCUGGCUACGAGGGGCGCAACCGCCCCUGCAGCCACACACGGCUGUCGUCGGUGGACAGCACACGCCUCUCAGAGAGCACCGUCUUCUCCUCGCAGGACGAAGAGGAGGAAGAGGAGGAGAACAGCGCCUUUGAGUCGGUGCCUGACUCCAUCCAGAGCCCCGACACCAGGGAGCCUGGCGGCGAUGGGACGACAGCAGAAUGGAGGCAGGAGACGGAGGAGGGGACGAGAGGGGAGAAUGGGGAGUCGCCGGUGGCCGGGCCUAGCGAUAGGACAGUAGGAGGAGAUAGUUACUUGCCAUGCGGUCAUCCUCCUGCUUUGCGACCUGACACCCACCAUUACCCAACUGUUGAUGAACCGUUGCCUCCAAACUGGGAGGCGCGCAUCGACAGCCACGGACGUGUCUUCUACGUGGACCAUGUGAACCGCACCACCACCUGGCGGAGGCCCACGCACGCCGCCUCCAAGUGUAACGGCAUCCAGCGCUCCAGCUCCACCCAGCAGAUGGAGCAGCUCAACAGGAGGUACCAGAACAUCCAGAGGACCAUGGCGACGGAGGAUGAGUGUGGUGGACGGAGGUUGGAGAGAAGUGUCAGCACGGAAACGGAAACAGACUCUCCACCACAGGCCAUUGAGCCAAGGAGAGAGGGCCCCUCAUCCCCUGUCAGCAACCAGAAGAUCACCCUGCUCCUCCAGUGCCCCGCCGUUAAGUUCAUCACCCACCCUGAGUUCUUCACGGUCCUGCACGCCAACUACGGUGCCUACCGGAUAUUCACCAACAGUACCUGUCUGAAGCACAUGAUCCUGAAGGUACGGCGGGACGCCCGCAACUUUGAGCGCUACCAGCACAACAGAGACCUGGUGAUUUUCCUCAACAAGUUUGCCGACACACAACUAGAGCUGCCCCGAGGCUGGGAGAUCAAAACAGACCCACAGGGCAAGUCGUUUUUCGUGGACCACAACAGCCGGGCGACAACCUUCAUUGACCCCAGGAUCCCCUUACAGAACGGCCGUCUGCCCAACCAUCUGACCCACAGGCAGCACCUGCAGAGACUGCGCAGCUACAGUGCUGGAGAGGCGUCUGAUGUGUCCCGGAGUCGAGUAGCUUCCCUGAUUCACAGACCUGGGAACAGCCUGGUAGCCGCCAUACGUAGCCAGUACAACGCCGACUCCACACCGUUAGGUGCACCAUCUUACAAUGACAAGAUAGUGGCGUUUCUUCGCCAGCCAAACAUCUUUGAGAUGCUUCAAGAGCGCCAGCCGAGCCUGGCCAGGAACCAUGUACUAAGGGAGAAGAUCCACUACAUCAAGACGGAAGGUUCACAGGGGGUGGAGAAGCUGUCUUGUGAUGCUGACCUGGUCAUUCUACUGAGCUUGUUUGAGGAGGAAAUCAUGUCCUAUGUUCCACCCCACUCCUUUCACCCGGGGUACAGCUUCUCGCCUCGCUGCUCACCCGGAUCCUCGCCACAAAACUCCCCAGGCUUACAGAGGGCCCGAGCUCCGGCUCCAUACCGCAGAGACUUUGAAGCCAAACUGCGUAACUUUUACAGGAAGCUGGAAGCUAAGGGCUAUGGCCAGGGGCCAGGGAAGAUCAAACUGAUCAUCAGAAGAGACCACCUGUUGGAGGGCACCUUCAACCAGGUGAUGGCCUACUCCCGCAAGGAGCUGCAGAGGAACAAGCUCUACAUCACCUUCCUGGGAGAGGAGGGGCUGGACUACAGCGGCCCCUCCAGGGAGUUCUUCUUCCUGUUGUCCCAAGAGCUAUUCAACCCUUACUACGGCCUGUUUGAGUACUCAGCCAACGACACUUACACCGUCCAGAUCAGCCCCAUGUCUGCCUUCGUUGAGAACCAUCUGGAAUGGUUCCGCUUCAGUGGGCGUAUUCUAGGCCUGGCCCUGAUCCACCAGUAUCUGCUGGAUGCCUUCUUCACACGACCCUUCUACAAGGCCCUCCUCAGACUAUCCACAGACCUGAGUGAUCUGGAGUAUCUGGAUGAGGAGUUCCAUCAGAGUCUCCAGUGGAUGAAGGAAAAUGACAUCACUGACAUCCUGGACCUCACCUUCACUGUCAAUGAGGAGGUCUUUGGCCAGGUGACGGAGCGGGAGCUAAAGUCGGGUGGCUCCAACCUUCAGGUGACGGAGAAGAACAAGAAGGAGUACAUUGAGCGCAUGGCCAAGUGGAGGGUAGAGCGCGGGGUGGUGCAGCAGACUGAGGCCCUGGUCCGAGGCUUCUAUGAGGUGGUAGACUCUCGUCUGGUGUCGGUGUUUGAUGCCAGAGAGCUGGAGCUGGUCAUUGCAGGGACGGCUGAGAUCGACCUAAACGACUGGAGGACCAACACAGAGUACAGAGGAGGUUACCAUGACGGCCACAUAGUGAUGCGGUGGUUCUGGGGCGCGGUGGAACGCUUCAACAACGAGCAGAGACUGCGGCUGCUGCAGUUUGUGACGGGCACCUCCAGCGUUCCAUACGAAGGCUUCGCUGCCCUACGGGGAAGCAACGGCCUACGACGCUUCUGCAUCGAGAAGUGGGGCAAGGUCACCUCACUACCCAGGGCUCACACGUGCUUCAACCGCCUGGACCUUCCACCUUACCCCUCCUACACCAUGCUGUAUGAGAAACUGCUGAUUGCUGUGGAGGAGACCAGUACCUUUGGCCUGGAGUGAGACUAACCACUGACCACUGACUGACUUCCUUUGGCACCCUACUAACAAACUUGUUUUAUUUUUACGUAAAAAUAUUAACUCUGGACAAAUGGCAUCCUCAGUUGUUGUUUUCUUACAAUACGUACCUGAGGAGUGGGUUUGAAAAAGAGGGAUCAAACGUAUUAAAACUUGCAUGCACUGCAUCACUCAUCUGAGACAUUGUACAUAAACCAACAUGUAUGCAACAGUGAAGACCCUGGCUCCAGCCCGUUCUACGACCCCCCCACUUUGUCCAUUUCAUGGUCUCAUCAGUUUAAUCUUCCCCAUAAGACUAUUCCAGCUCCAAAGACUGAGGCUGACACUAUGCAGGGGAGGGGCUUGCUCCACCGGCUGCCACCCACAGCCCGCCACCUCUGGCAUCAGAGGGAGUGACAUCGGCGGUGACCCCCUAAAAAUUGUAAGUCUCUCCAGACCUUAAUCUUGUCCUAUCAAUCAUCGCAGAGCAUUUCCUGAAAUCACCUUGACUCCCGACGACCAUUCAGUGACAAGACCAAAACAUUUUUUAUUUCCAUUGUUACAUUUAAUAAGCAUGUUUCAUGCAUGUUUCACCAAUUGCUUUAUCAUCAUAAGGGCAUCACUGUUUUCCUCAGAGUGGAUGAACAGGUGCUUUUUUAGGAAUUCCUUCACUGUUCUGAGUCCAUGCCCAGCCUGGGUGUACUUACUGCACACAGUUGUCUGAAUCUCCCGCCCAAGAAAGAUACUGUACUAUGCCUCCAUGAGUUAUUGCCUCAGUGACACCAGCUAUGUGUUAAUGAAUUACACAUACUAUUGGAGACGCCAAUGCAGUGGUGCAAUGGUUUUUGCCGCAUCAUGGCAGUAGGAGGCUUAUUAGAGUCACAGUUCCUGUACAGUGAGAGGAACUGUAGAGACCCAGGUGAUGAUGUAACUUGUACAAGGCUAAGAUUAGAAUGUGAAAGGCUAAGCUCAGAGUUCUCUUGUCAGCCUUGCAGUGUCAUUGAGCUCACACCAUAAAUAAUACCCUUGUCAUUCGGAACAUGGGCUUUGUAAUUUAAGCCCAAACGCUGACUGGGAGAUCUCAACCAUAGAGGCAAAUUCUGUACUGUGAGGCACUGUGCAACUUUGAUGGAGUGUAACAUCAUGUUGAACAUCCCUUUCUGUCCUGGUCUAGUGUUGACAAUUAUUCUUGGGGUAUCGUCCUUUGUUUUUAACAUUUUCAUUGAAAGGAUGUACACUAAAUGGCAGUUUCUAGAACACAGAUUAGGCAUAGUCCUAUACCAGUGGUAUUCAAAGUCGGAGGGAAUUGCAGUUGUGUUUUUUUGGGGAGAAAGAAAAUGAGGAUUGUAUAUUGUCCCAUACAAUAACAUGUAAACGUUUUUUUGAGAAACAUAAUUAGAAAAAUCUAAUUUUAUUAAGUCAAUUUAUUAUUUUGAUAAAAUAUUAAAAUAUAAUCAAUUGAAGGUUAUUUGUUUAUGUAAAUAUCGAAAUUGACAGAUUUUCAGGUUGCGUCAUUAGAUUUAGGGUGGGGGGGAGUCGCCAGAAAUUCUGACGAAAGAAAAAAGGGGUCCCCGCUGAAAAAGACUAAAAAGCUAUUUCAAUGAAGAUUCUCAAUUGACUGUGCUUUUUAGUCCUGAACCAGUAUUAAUCGGUUUCAGGAAAACCAGCCCUAAAUGGCCCCUAGUUAUACUGUAAAAUACUGUAGAUUGUCCAUGAUUGAAGCUACAGCUGGUGUACUAUGAUCAUAGUAUAAUAUUUGUAUGGAAAGAACCAGGGCUACUACAAAAACUAAAAAAUGUUCAGGGAGCAUAGAAGAUUCUGGUUAGUUUUGUUUCAUAAGUACUGUUGUUUUUUUUUCUAUCAUGUUUUUUUGAUUAUUUUUUUGUCAAAGCGGGUGAUGUAAUAUUUUGGUUUCUCUUUAGGACCAUAAGGUGGAAAACUAAUUUGAAUGUUUUGUUUGGUAAACAUUGUCCAGUAUUGUUUAGGUGUUUUUAUAAUGAUGGCAUAGGAAUUGAAAUGCUUUCAAAAACAGGACUUUUAUGUGCCGCCCCCCAUGUGUACAUAGUUUUUUGUUACUUAUGCCUUCAUUUAGUACCUUUUUUUAUAUUUUUCAUGAUUUUGAAUUGUAUUUCAAAAUGGCUUUGUUCAUUUUGAAUUUGUGGGGAAAUGUUGGUGUUGUCUUCCUUCCCUUUGCACUGUAAAUGUAACCUUGACCACUUUCUCUUCCUCGUUCUAUUUCGUCACUAUCUGGCCAAGUUGCAAAGUCAGGAGCCCUGUCUCUAUUCUCUGUUCUAUUCUUAAAAUCUGAUUUUAAACCUAACCGUGACUCUAACCUUAUCCACACUGCUAACCUUAUGCCUAACCCUAACCUUAAAAAUGUUUUGUUUCAUACAUUUUUAUGAAAUAGACAAUUUUGCAGUUUGGCCAUCUAGUGGGAACCCAAUCUAUCCAUCUUCUAUGUUGGUAUUGACUGGUGAAAAUUGUUGUUGUUUAUUCAAGUUGUUGACGUAGGAAUUGCAUCCUUAAUGGUCGAAGACACAGAGAAUGUCUGCAUACCAAAUGGUACCCUUUUCCCUAUGUAGUGCACUACUUUUGACUAGGCCCUGUCAAAAGUAGUGCACUAUAUAGGGGUUGGGCAGCCAUUUGGGACAUACAAAUGUGUCAUGUAGAGAAUAAGUCAUUUUGUUUGAAUUGUCUAGCAUUGUAUUUUUUAAAAAUAUGUAAUUCAGUAGUCUAUUUUUACUGGCUUUAUGAAGAAUUUUAUCCAUAGAAUAUCCUGGUCAUCACUUGGUAUGAUCGAUCCUAUAAUAUGAGAAUAUUUAUUAAAUUAAUAUUGCUCUUAAAUUAUUCAAUAUUACCCUUAAAUUAUUCUAAAUGAUCUAUGUACGUUGUUUAAGUGCAUUAACUAUUCAAAUAUUUAAGAUCAGAGCUUGAUCAGAGCAUUCAAAUAAAUAAUGCACCGAUAAUUCAAUCUAACUGUACUACAGUUUGAGUACCUUAUUUUUGUGAUUUUUUACAAAUCUAAUCUUUUUAUUUGCCUAUUUAUUUUUCAUGUUAUAUCCCCUUGGGAACAGCAAGGUAACAGUAGAUCUUCCAAUCAUCAGUCAAAACCUGGCAGAGAGGUUGUGAUAUUGAUUAGCAUUAGCAUCUAUACCUUGUUGAUAUGACUUGAUAAAAGGCUCCCUCUUAUGGAAAUUGGUACUUUGUCCUCUCCUUUUUAACUUUCCUUGUCCUGUAGGACUUUGUCUUUCAGAAUUGUGACAUUUUGAAAGACAUGUUUCAUGAUCAAAUUUGGUUUGAUGACAGGUCACUAAAUUCUCAGGCUGUGCUUUCGCUCCAUGUACUCAUAUCACUGUACACGAAUGUCAAUAAACAAUCACUUUGUAAUUAA